CUGCUUGCUUGGCCCGGGACCCCUGGUGAGCAUGCACCUCCUUCCAGGGUCCGCGAGCGAGAGCGGAAGGCUGAGCUGGAGUCCCGCCAACACAUGCAGAGGCGCAUGGACGCGGUGCUGACCCUGAAGAACAGCAUCACUGCCAACCGGGAAACGCUCCGGAAAUUUCAAGCAUGGGGCCAGGCCAGGGCGGAGCUGGCUGAACAGAGGGCCCAGGCGGAGAAGGAGGCAGUUCUGGCCCAGGGUGGGGAUGCUUUCAGGCACCUUUGCCAUCAACGCCGGCAGCAGGAGCUGGAGGCCCAAAACCGCGCCUUCGAGGAGCAGCAGCAGCUCAGAAAGCACGAGAUUGUGAGUCGGAUUUUGAAAGAGGAGGCUGAGGAGGAGAGCAGGAAGAAGCGGCAGCCCGCGCCCCCCAGAGCCGUGGGCCGGCCAAGCCUGAGGGACAAGACCUGGGGCUACGUGGCCGACCUUUGUGAGGGGAGCAGCGCCGUGGAGCCUCCCUGUUACCUGCAGGACGACAGUCUUGCCGCCCCCAGACCCUCUUCGCUGGUGCAGGCCAUCUCCAGCGAGUCCGUCCAAGGGGACCAGGGGAGCAGCGGCUGGGAGGCAGAAACGCUGGCUAUGCCUGAAAUCCCCGGGCUCUGGACCGAAGGCUACGAGCCCUACCAGGUGCCCAAGGAGGAUGCAGACCGGAAGCCCGUGGGCGGGAUGAAGAUGGACAAGGACAUCCGGGAGCGCACGGUGCAGCGGCUGCGCAGCGGGGUGACCCACAGGCAGGUGGCCUCUGGGCGCGAGUUCAAAGGUCACCCCUUCAACAGCAAGCCCAAGCUCAUUCACUUCAAGGACUUCGAUGUCGGCAAAGUCUACAAGAAGAAGGUCACGCUGAUAAACGCCACCUACACGGUCACCCACUGCAAGCUGCUGGGCGUGGAGGAGCCCCUCCGGGACUUCAUCCACAUCGACUUUGACCCCCCUGGGCCCAUGUCAGCCGGCAUGUCCUGCAAAGUGCUGGUCACCUUCAAGCCCAUGAUAAACAGAGAUCUGGAAGGCAGUGUCUCGUUUCUGGCUCAGACGGGCAGAUUUUCUGUUCCACUGAAGUGUUCAACCAAGAAAUGCUCCCUGUCCCUCGACAAGGAGGUCAUCGACUUCGGUAGCCACGGAGUGGGUGAGACUGCAUCCCGGACCAUCACGCUGACCAACGCCGGGGGCCUGGGCACCAGGUUCAAGUUUCUUCUCGCAUCCAAGUCCUGUGAGGUGGACGGCUCCCAGUCGGCCAUGAAAAUAAGUAGCCUCUUCACGUACGAUGACAAAACUUUUUAUGACAAAAUCAUCAGCAGUUUUUCUGAGCAGCAGAUGGAGGGCAAUGAGUCGUCCCCCACAGACGUGACGAGCCAGAAGGAGUCUGGAAAGCUGGACAACAUGGAGCCAGAGGAGGGGCGCCCUGCAGAAUCAGAGGGGGUGGCCAUGACCACUGCCAUGACCCUGCCUCCCAACGAGGAGCACACGGAGUUCUCACUGGGAGAGAUAACAGAGGGGGAGAUCGGCCCCUUCAGCUCCAUCAAGGUGCCCAUCACCUUCACCCCGAUGGUCCCAGGAAUGAUCCACACCAGGUUCAAGGUCACAUUUAGGAACCAGCAGUGCCCAACAUUAUAUUUCAAUGUCGUUGGCGUUGCUGUCGACGUGCCGGUCUGGGUGCCAAAGGCCAGCGUGGACCUGAAGAUUUGCAUGUAUGACCGACUCUACCAGGACUCGGUCCUCGUCCACACGCGGUCGAAAGCCGCCCUGCGCCUGAAGUUCGAGGUGUGCAAGGAGCUGAGGGGCCACGUGGAGCUGCUGCCCGAGACCGGCUACAUCCAGGCCCUGUCGUCCUACUCCGUGCAGCUCAAGUUCCUGCCUAGACAGUCCCUCCCAGAGGACGCAGGGAAGUAUUUCGACAAGGAAACCAGGGUUCUGGAGGCCCCGAUGACUAUACGGGUGGCUGACCAGAUCAAACCAGUGGAGUUUACCCUCCACGCCAUCGUCACCACCUCGGACCUGGAGCUCAGCCCCUCGGGGGUGGACUUUGGCUAUUGCAGCAUCUACGAGGCCGUCAGAACCCAAGUCAGCCUCUGCAACCACUCCCUCCUGCCCCAGGAGUUUGGCUUCGUCGGGCUCCCCAAGUUUGUGGACAUCCAGCCCAAUGAUGGGUUUGGGACGGUCUUGCCACUGGAAGCUCUGCAACUCGACGUGAUCUUUCAGCCCACCAAGGCCAAGGAGUACAACUUUGAGCUUGUCUGCAAGUCAGAGAUUAACCGGUGCUUCAAGCUGACGUGCCGAGCCGUGGGUGUCCACCCGCCCCUGGAGCUGUCCCACUACCAGAUCAGGUUCACAGCCACCUCCUUGUACGACACGUCCGUGGCCACCCUGUACGUCAUCAACUCCCACCUGAGCAUGAACUCGCUGACCCACGCUGUGCCCCGCGUCGGCUGGGGCGCCUCCCCAGUGGGGCCCACGUCUUUCGAGUUCCUGCUGCCCCCGGACUUGCCCAUCACCAUCUCACCCUCAGUGGGGACCGUGCUCCCAGGAAAGAGGUGCCUGGUCCAAGUGGCCUUCCGGCCCGAGCUGCCCAGCAAGCUGAUCCACCAGGAGGCCUUCCAGGCACUGACCAAGGAGGCUGAGGUCAAAUCGUCCGGGAAGGACACGGCCACCCAGAGGAAGGACCCACGGAGACAGUCUGUCUCCACGCUGUGGCUGCAGAACCAGGCCUCCACCUCCCAGCCCCCGGACCUGCAGAAGCAAGACAUCAAGUCCAGUUCCCAGGAGCACCAGGCUGCGCGGGCCUCCCUGACCAGAUCUUUCCAGGGGAAGUUCGACAAGUUUGUGGUCCCCUGUGUCAUUGCCAGUGGCGACACCAAAGACAGGAAGGGGACAGAGCCCCUGAGCUUCAGUCCCCACAACACCCUGUACCUGGAGCUGUGGUGUCCGGCAGUGGCGCCAUCCAUCGUGGUGACGUCCGACAGAGGCAGGACUGUCUCUAACUUCGGCGACGUUGCUGUAGGACACCACAGCAUAAAGAAGGUCUCCAUCCAAAACAUCUCUGCCGAAGAUCUUGACGUGAAGUGCUCUGUGCUGAACCCCAACGGCCCAUUCGUCCUGAUGAACCCCGUCAGCAAGCUGCCCUCGGGGGAGACCCAUGUCCUGGAGCUGUCUUUCUCCCCCAACGAGAGUAUCCUGGCCCAGGAAACACUGGACAUCAUCACCAGACGAGGCAGCCUCUCCCUGACGCUCACGGGCACGGGCGUGGCAUCCAUGACCACGUGCUCCAUUGAAGGGGACGUCCUCAACAUGGGCUACGUGAUUGCCAGAGAGUCUGUCUCCUCAGGCUUCAAGCUGCAAAACAACUCCGCACUGCCCAUCAAGUUCUCCGUGCAGCUGGACAGCCUCUCCCCCCGGACUGAAAACCAGCACCAGCUGCCCCAGUUCCUGGCCUCCAGGACCCAGAGGACAGAAGUCGUGGGCACGCAGAACCACAGUGGCCAGAGCGUGUUCAGCGUGGUCCCCAUCGAGGGCAUCAUGGACCCUGGCAGGGAGCAGGACUUCACGGUGACCUUCAGCCCGGACCACGAGAGCCGGUACUUCUCUGACCGGCUGCAGAUCGUGCUCGAAAAGAAAAUCUCCCACCAGUUCUUCCUGAAGGGUGCGGCCCGGGAGCACAUGAUGUUCGUGGAGGGCGGAGACCCCCUGGACGUGCCUGUGGAGUCCCUGACCGUGAUCCCCACCUCUGACCCCAAGCGCAGAGAGGAAGCUGAGGAGCUGAAGCCCAUCCUGGUCACCCUGGACUAUGUCCAGUUGGAAGCUGACACGCCAGCCCCACCAGCCACCCGAGAACUUCAGGUGGGCUGCAUCCGGACCACCCAGCUGUCCCCAAAAAAGAUGGUCGAGUUCAGCCUGGACAGCAUCGCGUCCCUGCAGCACAAGGGCUUCACCAUCGAGCCCUCUAAGGGCUACGUGGAGCGUGGCCAGACCAAAACCAUCAGCAUCUCCUGGGUGCCGCCCACCGACUUUGAUCCGGACCACCCACUCAUGGUGUCAGCCCUGCUGCAGCUCAGGGGGGAUGUGAAGGAGACCUACAAGGUGGUCUUUGUAGCCCAGGUGGUGACUGGCACCUGAGGCCACAGGAGUCUCUCCAUGUAGCCCCAUCAGACCUUCCUGCCCACCCUCAAAGCCCGCCCCUGAUGUGUAGACCUGGCCGAACCACCCAGGGGCCUGGGGCCUGGGCAUUCCCUGCUGAGCAGCUUCAAAUGGGCCGUCCUCUGCGUGACCUCGUGGCCAGGCAGGGCAGGCCCAGCUGCUUCCUGCUCCCCAGGAUCCGGGGAGCCCAGGACCAAGAGCUCCCCCUCCCUGACCCCCACACCCAGAAGCAGCAACUAGGCCAGUCCUGACCACAACCUACUCCUAGCUUGAGCCUCCUGGAGCCCCCAGAGCCACCAGCACCCACAGACCUGUCAAUAAAUCCUCUGUGAGCCUC